AUGCAAGAUUUCAAAAGAACUAAACUUGAGACUUCUUGUAAUGAAAUUUAAAGCCAAUUUAAUUAGAUAAUUCAUAAAGAACAGAAGAUUUCUCAAUCAUCAAUGGGCCUACUGGUACAAUCAAGUAAAGUGAUCAUAAAUUUGAUGAAUAAGCUAGUGAAACAUCAGAAUACUAAGAAAAGUAUGAUAUACACUUUCAUUUAGUAAAUCAUCUUCUUUAAAAUAACCCUUACCUAUAAUACAAUAAGAUAUUGAAAAAUCAGAGUAUGAAUCACAAAUAGUGGAAUCCUUGGCAGAUUCAUAUCCAGGAUCUGAGAUUAAAGCACUUAUUGAAUAAAAAAAAUAAAGAGAUCAUAAGCCUGUAAGAUAAUUAAUCUUAAAUAUUUAGAUAUAUCUUAAUAUUAUGGUAGUUGGCUAAUCAGGAUUAGGUAAAUCCACUUUCAUUGAUGUUUUACUCAAAAAAAAACUUGGUUCAGGUCAAAUCAUAAGAGAUUCUACUCUAUAAAUUCAAGAAAUAUAAGGUAUUUUUAUUGAUUCAAAAACAAAGGUUUAAUUACUUAAAAUGAUUUAACUUUGAAUAUCAAAUUUAUUGAUACUCCUGGUUUUAAACAUUAAUACAGUCUCAGAUCUUGGCUUAAAUUAUUAUGUGGAUACAUUAAGAAUUAAUUUAAGUCUUAUUAAUAAAGAUAAAAUCUAUAAUAUGAAAGCAAAGAGAAAUUUUAACAAUUAUCAUAAUAAGACUUGGAUGAAAGAGUACAUGUAUGUUUUUACUUUUUCUCUGGUCCUAGAAUUUAAACUGAAGAUUUGUAAGCACUCAAAAAAAUAAGUGGAUUAGUUAAUGUUAUUCCCAUUUUAGCAAAAGGAGAUUCCUAUACUAAAAAUGAGAUUAUUUAGCUUAAAUAACAAUUUAAUGAUAUGAUAAAUGAAUAUCAUAUUGAUUUGUUUAAAUGUUAAUGUAACAAUAAUUUUCAUGAGAAAAGUUAGUUUGGAUCUACUACUCCUUAUGUGAUUAUAAGUUCAGUAGAAUAAUUUUAAAUAGGAAAUCAUUUAAUUUAUGGAAGGUAAUAAAAUAAAUUAUUAUUAAUAAUAGAAAAUUUCCAUGGGGAAUCUGUGAUAUCUUUAAUCCUUAACAUUCAGAUUUGGCAAUUUUAUAUAAAUAAUUAAUUGGACAUUAUUGUUUAGAAUUGAUUAAAUUAACAAACUUUCUUUAUAACAAUUAUGUACAAUAAGAGAAAUAGAAAUUGAAAUUAAAGUAAUAAAACUAGUCUUGGUUGUCUAAUUUAAUAAAUUACUUAUUUAAUCGAUGA